GACGCCUCCCAAGGGGUCCCCUUCAGUGGUAGAGGGACCUGAAGAUGAUCUCUCCCCCAUCAGCCUGCUGCCUCCCUAUGCUGUGCACAGUGACUGUAAGAAAUAUUCCCCUUUGUAGCAACUGCUGUCUGUCUUGCUAAACCUGCUUCCCUUUGCUCGGGCAUCAGGAUGAGGAAAGGAUGCCCCCACUUUGUGCCGCUAUUUCUCCACAGGCAGUGUCAUUGGCUUUGGUCUUGCUCAAGCAGCUCCAAACCUAGUCAUUCUCCAAAGCUUGGCGUUGACAACUGCAGUGGCAAUGACCCCUGCCCACUCCAGCCCUGCCUUCUUGGUAGCCUUAAGAUCCCUCUGGUUGAAAAACAUGAGGAGGUGGGAAAGUUUGUUGUAUGCAGAGGAGCCAAGAGGAGGAUCUGGUUCACACACCUCGCAGCGCAGGCACUGAAACUCCUUCCCCACUGCCUCAGCCUCCGCUCCCGGCUCAGACCUGCCAAUGCAAUUAUUCACUGCCUGUAGUGGGCGCAAGUCCUGAUGGAGGCUUGGCUCCGUGAUGGGAGGCACAGUACAUAUCCUGGAGUACUGCUGAGCUUCAUUAAAUCCUCCUUGGAUUCUGACCUCGAAAUUAGUGUGUCCGCAUGGAAAUUUACAGAAGAGUAGCUGCGGCAGGGUUAGGAGCUUGAUGCAGAGAAAUCCACAUGAACUAGCUCACAGUAAGACAGUUUACAAUCCAAAUGGCAGAUAAUAAUGCCUUGCUAAUAAUAAGUCUUGUACCUACAACAGCAGGUACAGGAUUUUUACAAUGGUAUGUGAGUGUUAUGUUAACUCUGGUGGCUUUUUAAAGAGAGAGGUAAUAGGACGCAGUAAGAAGUGGCAGAAUACUCACAUGAAUAGUGGAGACGUUCACUUAGCAGAGGCGCUGACACAGUUUGAAGGUUGCUUCUUUUGCCCUUGCUCAGCCCUCUCUGUUUAGCUUGUUACAGGAUGCAGACAGUAUCCAGUAAUUGGGAUUCAUUUCUAUCUCCUUUUCUGGAGGCAUGUCCUUUCCCUGCGCCUGCCACAGCUCCAGUCACGGGCAUCCGCGCUGGUUUCUCUGGGAGCAGCCAGGCUAACGCAGUGUGGAGGAACCAAGCAUGGAAUCAUGUGCCAUGACUUCACUUUGACCCCUCCCAAACACUCAUCUCCUCUUCCACACACACACAUCUAUGUCUUUUCCCAUUUAGUCUUCUCUCUUUCCUUCUCCUGCUAGUGUUUCCUCCUUGCUGGAAUCUUGCCUAGGCUUCUGCCUCCACAUAUCCCAUCCUGGGCUCCUGCUGCUCACAGACUGGCAGACCCUGACAUCCUUUCAGGCCAUCCACACAGGGAGGUUGGCCAAAAGUGUUUCCUAACAGGACUCCAGCCUGCCAGGAUCAUGGGUUUAUCACACAUGGUGAUCUUCUCCAUGGUGAGCCAUGUGGCGGAUAAGUGCUGUCCUACAAAAGGCAGUGACCAGCUUUUCAGGUCACUGUGUUCUUCCCCUCUGUACAGGCUUGCUGAGGUGCUGGUGGAGUAAGAGCAUUAGGGGGAAAGCUGUAUCAGUCAGUUUGUAGCUCUGGCAGAAGCUACAGAGUGGGAGACCGUUAAUGCUCCAUCUUUCCAGAGUGAUAGUAUUUGUAUGAUGCCUGCUUUUAUCUUGAAACUACCUUCUGGGAAUAUGGUCCCUGGUGGGCUGAUUCCUCUGCAGCUCAAGGGGACAGGCAGCAGUAGUGAUUCUCUCAGUUCCUAGUAUCCAAAACUUCUCAUCAUUGUCUCUUUUUUUUCCUUUCCUGUGGAUUGGGUAAACAAGAAGCAGGAAGAAAGACAACCUAUGUUUUACCUGGGCUGUGUUAGUAUCAAUAUUAUCUUUGUUUCCAGGGUAAGGCAUAGUCUUAGCCAUGCAGAGCUAGGUCACCAGUUAUUGCCCAGGAUAUCCAUUUGAGAAAGGGCUGAUAGUUUGGUCUCAAUCUCUUAACCCUGUGUAUCACAAACAGAUGGGCCUGGCUGCAAGGGGAAAGGAAGCAGUGCUGUUCUCCAUGUCAGAAAUAAAGGAAAACCCAGAGUGUUCCUGUCAUCUUUGUAUGGCAGCAGUUAACAAAACAACCAAGCCUGAAAGUUAGAAACGCUUCCCUAUGUUGCCAACUCAGAUGAGUCAGGGGAGACCUGCAGAAAGGUGACUGCAAGAGAGCAGUGAAAUACUUUGAUCCACUUUUAUACUGUUUGAUUUAAAAGUGUGUGGAGAACAGUCUGCAAACAGGCUAUGAGGCUGAUCCUACCCAGGCACAUUGCUGCCUUCCUGCUGCAGCAGCACUUCGCUCAAGUCACUCCCAUCAGUGUCUUUGACAUAUUUGUUCUCUCAAUUUGGUGGCAUGCACCCUUCAGCACAGGAAAGACAAAGAACCAAGUACACAAGAGGAAUUGAUAUCUACACCAUGUAGAUUUCCCUGUCCACUUGGAGGCUUCUGUCACCAUCAGAGCACAAUGUAGCAUGAGCAUGGAGGUGUGCUUACAUCUCCCCGGCUGUCUGCUGGUGAACCUACCAUGUAUUCCUAUCUCUGUGGAUGCUGUUGGUCAACUGCUUUGCUAAGGGCUUUUGCAGGAGACAGCUCACAAAGAGGUGGGAGCACCAUCAUCACCUGUGUUGCCUCAUAUGCAUGGGGCAGUGUGUGGGCCCUGAGCAGGACUGGGUGCUGUGUGCAUUCAGAGAGAGGUGCACUGCUGUCCCCUAAAGCAAUCCAAGUGAAGACUGAGUGGGGAGUAGCCAUUUUGCUCCAAGGUGCCCACAGAGAAUUUGGGUGUCCCACACACCACUUGCAUCAGGUCUUAGUAGGAUUGUGAGAUCAAGUCCACUCCUAAGGGCAGGCCGAACAGCUUGGUGGAGCACAGAUCUGUUUCCCAGGCCCUUGACACCUUUUUGCAUUCUCAUUUGAUGGAAUUGCUUUCUCUGCAAAGUGCUCUGAAGUCACCUGAUGUCACCCCAUCCCUUUCAGGUUGGCUUGAAACCUUCCUUCAUUCCAGGCUCCAGGCAGGGUUCUAACCUCGUGGGCUGAUCAGGUGUAAUGUGCUGACCUUUGCUGUUCAGGGCAGUAAUUAGAGAUGGCAGAGGGUGCUAGCAAUUGCAAUCUUCUGCAUUUUUAAUUGGACUGGAGGCUGGAGUAUCCACCACAAAUGUAGUGCAUUAGAGAUGAAUCCAGUAUUUGUAGGUGUUUUUCAUCAAUAUUCAUGGGAUAGCUUAUUUCACACUCACAAAAAAAAAAAAAAAAGUAGAGUUUGUAACCAUUUCUUUGUUUCUCUUACGCUACAAUUCUCUGGGGGAAGAACACUAUUAGCUUAAAUACCAAAUGCAAGUAGAACAAAUAUAAACCAAAUUAUUAUAAACUAAAUACUAAGUCAGCAGCCUCAGAAGCAUGACAGUGCAGAGGGAGCCAAACACUUGUUUGCCUUAUACACAGUCCCCAGCAAAUACAUCUUGUAACAGCUUGCUGUUGGAUGCAUGUAAUCAACAGGUACAUGAAGACUGGAAUGUCCUAAAAUUCAUGACAUGAUAUGUAUUCUCUUGAUCAAGUGAGAAGCUUUGCUAAGAAUGAGUGGUAAGCAGGUAGAAUUAAAUGAAACAUCUCACCAUGGGAUUUUCCCUCCUAGCAAGAGGAAAAGGUGGGGUUUUUGCAUCAGGGUGUCUGAGUUACUCUACCGCUACUGAAUGGUCAUUAAUUGCUGGAGCUCCUUUGGUACAUGCUGUGACACACCAUGGUAUGUGUGUGUUAUACCUCUGUUAAAAAUUCUUCUUACCCCUGCUAAGAGGUAUUUGAUGUUAAGUUACUGCUUUUUGCUGCAAUUUUAUCAACUAAUACAGAAAGUAUCUAGAAAAAAUAGUGAUGUUGUAGGGCUCUUUAUGGCAAAAGCAGUAUUUAAUUAUGCUUCCAACGGAAUGCAUUUCAUUCCCUACAAUAUUUAUUAGGCCCAUUCAGUGUUAUGAACUACAACUCUCAUGUUUCUGUCCAGGCUUUGCUGCUCAGCACAACUACAGUGUGGCAUAUGUGCUUUAGCCUAAGACACCCAGAAGCUGCAUAGGUGGCCUGCCCUGCACAGUAAACCCAUAACAAAGAAUGCAUCACAGAGGUGUCAGCCACACUGAGCAGGUGCCACCCUGCAUCAUCUGAUCCCUGUGUACCCAGCGCAGCCAAUGCAUCCAGCACAGCUGUUGCAUCCUGCCAGUGUCAGGUCAAGUGUGCCUGGGUGCCCGAGCCAGCACAUGCAUGCACUAAAGUUUGUUUGCACAGGGAUGAGCAGGUUAUCGAGGUAUUCAGAAAUCCCAAGCAUUCAGAUGAGUCCAUUCAUGGGCAAAAUUCUAGACAAAGAAGGAAACAGGGUUGAUCUGGUUAAGUCUAGAGGCAUGUAGCCCUAAAAACAAAUUCCUCUGGAGUUUCACAUAUAAAUACUGAAUAUACUCCAGAGAAGAGCAUUCUGUGACUAAAGGAAGAAAGUUCUGAAAUGCAGGAUAAUGAGGCUCUAUUCUCAUUUUGGCUUAUCCUUUGCUGAAAGUUUUACUUCUUUGCUGUUUUUCAGUUUAGGGAGCUCAAAAAAUUGCCAGUGAAACUGUGGAUCCUGUUAAAUGUUUUGCAGGUGUUUAUCGACACAUAAUGUACCUGGACAUACUUUUCUUGGUCAUCUUUCAUAAGCCUCUUCAGUAUAUUUUAGAAAUCCCUGGGUUCAGGGUUUGCAGAUGAAGAGCUUCAAAACAUUCCUUGAAAGGCUGAAGAAUUCAGUUGUGUGAAGUAUUCAUCAGACUGUUAUUGAAUUUAGUGGCGGAGGCAUUGUUUGUCCACUAGCAGAAGAUCCUCAGACUGAUAGAUUGUAAUGUCUUUGUAAAUUAUACUGUUCCUGGUUAGUACUGCAAAAAGCAGUUCUAAAAUAAUUAAAGUUACAAAGACUUUGAGAAGUCAUUUGGGUCACCAAAUCCCACCCUGCCGCAAAUGCAGCUGUUCAGGCAUGGACAUCUAGUGCAAAUAUCCAGCUUUCAUCCCCCCCCCCCACACUGCCUAGUCAUCUAUCACUGCAACAUAAAACUUGUAGCACAUAGGCCAAACCCUACAUAACUACAUUUGUUGUGGAUUCCCAUAUUUUUGAGGUAGUAAUUUAAUAAGUAGAAAUAAACAAGGAAUACAAAAUACUGCAGCAGAACUGUGUUCAGGAUCAUCAGACAUCUAAAUAGGCCACUGACACAUUAGCGUUGGUAGAGUGGUUAGCACUGCGGAGUGGUCAUUUUUUAUGAAACAAAGCUCAGUUUCUGAUCAAGUGAUAUCCUCUGGUAAAGUGAACCAGAGGAAAGAUUUCAGUGGUUCUUGGAAUUUCAAUCCUGAUUACAAAGAGAUAGAAAGAAAAUAGGAUCAAAAAGAUUUACUUGAGACAGCUGCAAAUAAAAUAUUAAGACACAAAUUACAUGUUAGAAUAUGUUUUAAGAUCAAGGACUUAAAAUUAAUUUUGUGAGGUAUUUAAUGUACCAGCAUUCUUUUAAAGGAAUAAAGCCGCUUGUAUAACCUAGCAGAAGUUUAGGCUGUAUGUAUUAUACAGCACUUAAACUGAAACCUGCAGGUGUAUUUCUUUGAAGUCUUUGGGAGUCAUGCAAAUAUUUUAAAGAUUAUUGAACAGGGAUAUUCUUCAAAAGAAGCAAGCACUGAAAUCCUUGUAUUUGUUUUCCUGUGUCGUGACUGGGCAGCGCUAGAGCAGUAUGCUAAAUCUUCUCUGGUGGCCACGUUUUCACAGGCAAGCUGGUCCUCUUUAAAUAACAAGCUAUGUACAAACAUUUGCACUAUCUCUGCUCCCAUCCAAAGCAUUUCUUUGGCAAAAUCAGUCAAUAGUCAGGAAAUUUCUGAAAGGAGGCAGUAUCCAGUGUAGCAGUUAGGAAGGACCUUGCUCUUCUGAGCACAUGCCAGCACUAUCUGGCAGGUGCCAGUCCACACUUCCCAACAUGAGACCUUCUGCAGUGGAGUACCUGCACCUGCCCUAGAGCCAGGGAUGGAUUAUUAUAAUAAUAACAAUUUUCAACCAGCAAUAUGAAAACCUUCCAUAUUUUUCCUUUUGCAAACUCAUUGAAUUGAAGGUAGGGAAGGGCAACAGUGAAAGAUCAUGCGUUACUUAUAGAUCAGAUCAAAUCUGAUAGCAGCAGAGGUUGCCACAAAGAAACAUCAGCCAAGAUUUUGCCCAGACUGCUCUGCCAUUCACUGCCCCAGGGAAGAGAGCGGGUUAGGGUCUCUUUAGGGUAUGUUCGUUCUGCUUUGCUGCAUGUCUUUGUUCCUUGGGGACUCCCCUAAAACCCAGUGGGAGAGGCUGUGUAAGAGCACAGGUGGCCCAGUAAUAGCUUAUGUUAUCGAUUUAGGCAUGCUCUUUCCCUUCAGUGAACUGUUACUGAGGAGGGGCUGGGUUACCAUUGUGGGGUUUUACUGAUGUCGUAAGAGGGCUGGGCUGGAUCAUUUUUGCACCAGGGAUGGUGAAGAAAAUACCAUCAGUAUUUCCCCCUUUAAAACUUGUGUGCUUGCCUAUUAGCUGGCUGCAGGUGUUCUUGCUAACAGAGAUCGCAGGUUUCAGGCCUUGCUCAUAUAUACUCAUCUGAGGCUCUUGCAGGAUUUGAGGUUCUAGCUUAACCAAAUACUCAUUGUAAACCUAGGUUUUACUGGGAAGCUGGAUGUUUACACAGCACAGUAUGGAUGUGGAAGGGUACCAAUCUUAGGGAGGAGACAACAGCUAAUAUGCCAGAGGAUUAUCCAGAUCAGUUUGAUGAGGUAGUGGACUUUAUUCAAGCCACUAUUAAAAGACUGAGGAGGUCACCAGAUAAACAGACUCCAAUUUUUUCUAGGAGGGAGAGAAACCGUCAAAAUGCAGCCACAAACAUAGAGAAUUCCAACAGAAAAGGAAGGAGAAAUCAAAAGGGCAAAAAUCGAGGAUGUGUCUUAACAGAAAUACAUUUAAAUGUGACCGACUUGGAUUUGGGAUAUGAAACCAAAGAAGAGCUAAUUUUCCGGUAUUGCAGUGGAUCUUGUGAUGCAGCUGAGACCACCUAUGACAAAAUUUUAAAAAACUUAACCAAAAAGAAAAAACUGGUCACCGACAAAGUGAGGCAAGCCUGUUGCAGACCCACAGCCUUUGAUGAUGACCUGUCCUUUUUGGAUGAUAACCUGGUUUACCACAUACUGAAAAAACAUUCCGCAAAAAGGUGUGGAUGCGUCUGACAGCUGCAUGCUGAGGCGGCACCAGUUUUCCAUUCCUGCUGCGCUGCAAAGAGAGGGACCAAGGUUCCUAGGGCAGUGUCUGCUCCAAGUGGAGGAAAAAGGACCAAGAACACAGAAUGAGGAGCCAUGAGAACCUGGGGAUAAGGAGGCAUGCGGCAGAGUAGAAGGGUGGAGACUUCUGACGUCCUAUGGGGAUUUAGAUAAAAGCUCAGGUGGAGAUGACGAUGGAUGGAUGAUGUGCACGCUACCUUUCCUGUUUGACUCAGUCCACCAUCAGUGAGACUCAAUCCAUGAGGAACGUGCUUAAAAACACAACCCUGCCAUACCAUGCUGUGUUGUAGUUAUGCCAUGACAUACCAGUUAUACCAAGAAGCUUAGCUAAGAAGUAGCUUAGGAGUACCUUACUAAUCCCCUGUGCCCUCAGCUCUACUGAAAGACACAUUGUGCUACUGCUCACUGGAGGGCAGUUCCCAAGUGCUUAGGACAACUCCUAAGCUAUAAGGUUACCCUUGCAAGUAAGAUGAUAUUGGGCAAAUAUCAAAAUGACCAAGCUCAAGUUCUCAUGAAGCAAAACAGUUCUGCUUACUGGCUAAGUUUGGUUAUUUCCAUCUUGUGUUUCUUCAAAAUGAGUGCAGGACUUUGUUCUUCUGCUACCUGUGAAAACAAGUUGAGUUUUUAAGCACUUCUUCCUAGCAUAGUAAGAGAAGUAACAAGCCCAGCCUACACAAAAUGCAUUUCUUUAGGUUUACAAAGGACUAACGUCACUUGCAUAACUACAUUUCUAUUUGGUCAUUGUGAUUGAGAGAGACUACUUGAUGCAAUGCAUCCCUUCAGAGACAUAAGUAUACAGAAGAUAUUUAUUGAGAUUAAGUUAUUGUUAUUUAUUACAGUUCAGUAAUGAGUCUCCUUAUUUAUUAAAGUGUCUUUCAAAGGUGCCAAAGCAGAUGGCGCUUGGGGAUAUAGAGAGACAAAGACGUUGGGAACAACGGUCCAUGCUUUUGAUUGAAAGUGUUAACUUGAAUGCAAAAAAUCACUUACUUUACCUUUUUUUCUUUUAAACAAAAUCUUGAUUAUGUUCACAAAAGGUAGUGCCGAAGCCUGCAGCCCUUAUUCCAGUUCACUAAGCCUUUUGAAAAUUACUGCAGUCAUACAUGUGCAGGAGCAGCAAUGGCUCUGGAUGAGUGAGGGUCACAGGACUUGGCUCAACAUUAGCAAUUUGUUAGAAAAACUAAUUUUAGUCAUAUUUUAAAUGUAGCCACAUUUGUUUUCUCACACUUUAUGCCAAAUGACCUCAUAUAACUAUUGACAAAUGGAAAAUAAUCACAUUUAGCCUUAUAAUUUCUAGUUAUAUUUAUUUAAGCUUUUCCUUCCGUACUUCCGUAUAGAAGAGGUUAAAUCCCUCUAACUAGUUAGCCCUGGAUUUAAUAUAGCCUGCAAGUAAACAGUUGUGUUAAAUAACCAGAGUGUUUUGUAUAAUUUGCUGAAACAUUACAGGAUCAUACCCGUGCAGCAGAACAGUCCAAGUUUCCUUAGGAGGAGGGAGGUUGUACAGCAAAGGUGUUCAUACGUGACCGCUAACACAAGCUCUCAUUCUGGAGACAUUUUUCCCAAAGGAGCAGGAGUGCAGGUCACUAGACAUACCUGACAACCAGUGAAGCAUCAACUCCCACAAAAGCAACAUGAAAAAAAAAUCCCUAUUGAAAACAAUGGUCCAACCUUUUAUCUCAUGCAUGUAAUGGCUCUCCAUGCUCAUUUUGCCCUGGGCCUCUUGGGGCACCACUGAAGAAGGGUCUAGAGGUCAAAAAAGUCCCGAACAGGCAUAGAAAGUUGUACCAGGUGUAUGGCAUGUAAUUCAUCCCCGACUGCCGCCGCUUUCCUGGGCGGAGGGAGGACAGCCCUGGACAACCACCUGCAGGUUCUGUUCUCACACUGCCAUGGGGACACCAUGCCUGCCAUGCUGCACAGGGGUGGUGAUGCCACCACACUGGCACGAUGUGGGCACCGAAUGCCUGCCAGGCGGAGGGUCAGCUGCACUGCCGAGUGGCUGAGUUGUGACAGCGCUCAGAGCUGUGCUUUCCCUUGCUCCAGCUGAUGAAAACUUGCCUCAAAGCAUUUUCUGCGCAGCUUGAAGAGGCUGCAACCAAAGCGAAUCUCUGUGUUCAAAAUACAAAAGGGUAAAGUUUGUGAUUUUUUUUUUUUUAAAUUUGUUUUUUUGGUUUUUUUUAGUUUUUAGACCUUACUGAAGACAGGAGUGUGCUUCUCUGGAUUUUUUUACUUCACCUGCAAUUAUAUGUCUCAGUCAUUUGUGUUAAUCAACCAAAGUUCUCUACAGACUUUAUUUUUGUACAAUAUUCAUUUUAUAACUUUUUACAAAAUAAAAUUCAUUUCUAUUGUUA